AUGCUCACAGGCUCUAAACAGCUUCCAGUGCUGGCAAUAGCAGCACUGUUUGUUUUUACUGCGUUCAUCCUGGCCAUCGUGGCAACCGCAGGGUCAUCGUCUAACUACUCGCCCAUCAACAAUGUCUACCUGGGCGAAGCAGACAUUUCCCACAUUAACGUGACGAAAGUUAUCCCAGAGACCGCUCCCUUGCUUUCUGUCGUCAUUGGAUUGUUCAACAGCCCCUCUAUGGCUUCGUCAAAUGGGGGCAACUACUCCGAGAUCUUCGAUGCGCUCAGAUCUGUGUCCCAUACCGCCGCUCUCAGACCACUACUUGGGCUUUUGGAUAGCUCCAAGAAUGUGUCGAGUACGGUCUCGAACAUCGCACACGCUGCGCCCUUGCUCGCUUCAAACAAUGCGUCUCAAGGCUCCUCUCAGCUUUUGAGUGCUGUCAGCCAACUAGUCCAGGAUUCUAGCAACUCGUCCGAAACCGUGCAGGGUUUGGGUUUACUAAUUCAAUCUUCAAACGAGACCAAUCCUACCACUCAGCGUGCCGUUUUUGGGCUUUUAUCCGACUCAAGAAAUGCCACGGCCUCUGUGGACUCUUUGGUCACUUUGCAAAACCAAUCGUCUAGCGAUCGUGCUAAAAUCGCUCCCGUUUUGUCUCUCUUCCAGCAAUCUUCUAAUGAAACCGCCACUCUAGGUGCCCUGAACACACUUAUGACAGCGAAUGUUUCUAAUGAUAUGUCAGCUUCUCUUCUCGCUGCCCUUCGCGCCGGUAGCUCGAAUCCACAAGCUGCCCUCAAUCAGGUCUUAAACUCUGUGCCUGAUUCGGCGCGGCCGGCUGUUUUGGCUGUUGGCACAUUGCUAAAUAAUACGCGUGAUUCAUCUUCAACACUAACCACGCUCGAGGGUUUACUGCAACAAAAUGUCACCACUUCGUCCUCUGCGCACAGUUCUUUCAAUGCGCUCACCACGUUAGUGUCAAACUCGCAUAAUCAGAGCCUGGUUCUAAACUCUGUCGCUGUCUUGGCAAACUCUUCAAGCAAUUCGAGCACUGCUCAGCUUAUCGGUCUUCAAGAUAUUUUGGACUCCUCCAAGAACUCCUCAAAAGCUUUAAGUGUCUUGCAACAAAUUCAAUCAUCAAACUCUACGUCGGGCUCUCAGAAUGCGGCGCCUAUUUUCAGCUUAUUUUCCAACUCGAAAAACUCAACUGAAACUAUCGAAUCGGUGAUGGGAUUAAUGCAAGCUUUCCAAGCAAACAGUACAGCUUUCGAGCCUUUGCUCAAAGUCUUGAGUGGAACCCAGUUAGGUGACACCGCCAUCACAAAAGACACCUUGACCAGAGUGAUGCCAGUUGUUUUGGACAAUUUAGGAGUUGAUUCUACUUACCGCUUGGCUAUAUUUACUUUGUGCAGUGGCCUUAGCAAUGGGAAGGUACAGCAAUGUACGAAAUCACACGCUGUACAAUCGUUUUAUCUCCGCGACAUCCUUUAUGAUCAACUCGAAAACUCUGAUUUCAAGCCUUACGUGCAGGCACUCAACUUACAGAAGAGUGAUUUGUAUCUGAAUGGUAAGCUGCAAAGUAAGGAACCUUCCUACACGCCAGCUUUGAGAGCAGUCUUGGCUUUCAAUCUGUUGACUAUCAUUCUGUCAUUUUUCCUAUUGGUAUUGAUAGUGUGCCUUUUCAUCCUCGGCGACAAGUCCAAGUUCUGGGUACUUGUUGGUGCCAAGACGCUUGCGUUUUUGGCCUUUUUGUUCGCUUUAAUAUCGGCCGCCAUUGUUGCAGCAUUGGUUUCGAUCAUCAAACAUGACACCUAUGACGACAAUUACAAUGUAACCUUUGCAACCGGUUCUGCAUAUGCUGGCUUAAUUUGGACAGCCUUCGCCCUGACAUUCAUAACUUUCAUCUUGCUCUUCUUAGUGAAGGCGCCAAGAAGAAAUGGGUCGCCAGCAUCAGAGGACAUGCUCUCAGCACCAGCUACAACCUCUUCCGAUGAGAAGCGAAAUGGUACGAUACCUCAGCAGAGUCACGACGAGGUUAUCGCUCAGGUUGCUUAA